UCUCCAGUACUCAUAAUUUCCAUAAUGUGAUAAAUCCAAAGAUAAUCAAAUUUGUUUACCAACCAAAGAAACGAUGGAAUGCAACGACAGUCGGGAAGAUGUUGAUAUGAAUUCUUACAUAUUUUAUAACGGCGUGAGAGUUUCCAUUGAAUGGGACAAAAGAAAUGUACCUCCCUCAAUGCAAUCUUCUUGCAGAGUGAUACAGCGUAUAUGUUCCAUAACAUCAACUUAUUUUUUAUUGACUGUGAACAAUUCCCUAUAUGAGGCCGUAUUAAAUCCAAGUAAAUUAAUUCUCCGUCUGACGUUUAUUCGAGGAUCCGUGCAUGAUGUCCAGUUCUGUAGAGAUUUCGGUGUGUUGUAUAUAGUGGAGGAUAAUGGCACGGUUCUAGCGCAGUCAUUACAGAAUAACGAAAUUUUGGCCGAAAACUGGCGGUUGCUUACGUUCGACCCUCUUGAAUUAUCGGAAGAGGGUGUGCAUAUUAAACAAGUAUGUUGCUCUUCGGAUGGUGUCAUUUUCGUUUCGGAAUCUUCAGAUAUAUAUUGUAUUGGCAACUAUGUAAAUAGCACUCUAUCAGCGGAUUACUACCAGCCAAAAUUAGUACGACUCUUCUCAAAUCCGAUAGAUAUUUUAGACGUAAAGGGCGGAAAGAACUUUUUCGUUUUUCUAGUCAGGAGGAGAUUGGAAAAUGAAACAAAAAGGCAUAUAACAAAUAGCACAUGUGAUGAUCUUCCGGAUCUUGUCUGUUCGGAAUCACAAUUUAAAAGAGAAGAAUCGGAAACUCCCACAACACUAGAUUCAACCUGCUCAAAUAGAACUUUGGGUGCUAAUAUACAGCGUUUGACAAGUUUUGGUAGAAUAUUGCUUCAAACUGAAAUCUAUACCCUUGGAACUCCCAAUAAUGGAGUGCUUGGUACAGGAGACCAUAUUAAUCGUGAUUCAAUUUUUGCUGUACAAAAGCUGAAAGACAUAGGAGUGUGUGGUGUAUCAGUUGGUAACGAGUAUACCAUUGUAAAAACAAUUGAUGGAACAUUUUACCAAUGGGGAAGUGCUCGGCAGCAAAUAACCAAGACAUCUUAUGGCAGUGAACAAAGUAGUCCAACCGAAAUGGCUUUUCACAAUGUCACUAACUGCAAUGUUUUGGAAGCUUGUUGUGGUGACAGCAAAACAAUAUUCUUAACAACACAAGGUGACUUGUACGAAUGGGAAAACUGCCUUGUUUGCCAGGAGAGUGAGUCCUCCUCGAAAAGGUCAAAUUCAUACAGUGACGGAGUAUCGUUUCCCUUACUAAUUACUUGUUUAAAUUUAACAAUUUAUAAUCACAAGCAUUUGAACAGAAGAUUUACAACCAUAUAUGGUCAUUUCCAAACUCAAACUAAGACCAUGAUUCGACAUCAGACACACUUUCUCAAGCUAAAAAAAAUUGUUGAGAAAAUUUUCUUAAAAGAGCUUCAGGAGAUAUGCGACCAGUGGCAGAAUGUGUUUUUUAUGGUGGCCGCCUUGCUAGACUCUUUAGCACAACUAUAUUGGUCGGCCAACGAAGAUGUUGGUGCGCUGUUAAUAAUAUCUCACUUUCGCGAAUGUCUCCAAAUACUUGACACUUACUCUAAGCUUUUCUGUGAUAUGUAUUCCAUAGAUGGUUUUCAAGCUGUUCAAAACAUUCCCCAAAGCUCAAGAAAUGUUGCAAAAGAAAACUUCGAUUCCUCGUCGUCUUCGGCAAAUGAAGGAGACGAACGAAAUGUUUUAAAAAUAUUUAAAAGUUCUUUUCAAUUAUUUCCCCAUAUCAGCCAGUUGUUGGAACAAAUACAAAAAUUCGAUUGCAAAUACAAGGAGAAAUUGGAAUUGUGGUUGGAAUUUGUACGAAAAAAUCGCAUUGAUAUGGAGUUGGCAGAAAACACACGCGACUUCUGGCGAUCCAAUCAAAAAAAUUCAAAAAUAAUACAUUUGAAACGAAAGAACCGACGUGUCAUACUGACUUCUACUUCGGUGCCCAUUAAAUUGUCGCAUUCAAUGAUGGGACUGAUCACACCCAUAUUUAUUCUUUUCACUGACUUCUUGUGUCAAGUUGGAAACCAUGUAACCACAUUUCCAUUAGAAGCAGUAUGGCUGAAAAAGGAUGAGUCCGGAAUAACAAUUAAGACGCCAGAAAAAAAGUUCACAUUAGUUGCCCGCACCCCACUUGACAGAGAUCUUUGGUAUGAUCAGCUGGAAUCUUCUAUAAAAAAUAUAUUGAACUUGCCCGAAAAACUGAAGAUUCCGGAAGUACGUUUGAUAUAUUAUCGUUUUAGUAGUCAUCCCAUUUAUUCGGGGGUGUACGCUAAGGGCAGUUUUUCGAAUGCCCUAAUGCAUGGUAAGUGUCGACUUCAAUUCCCCAAUGGCAAACUCUAUGCCGGAGAGAUAAUUCAUGGCGUUAUCGAAGGAUAUGGGCGGAUGUUUAUGCCGAAAGUUGGACUGUAUAAGGGUAACUUUAAAAAUGGCAAGUUUAGUGGCCAUGGGACGCUCAUCAUUAAUGAGAAGGAAAUAUAUGAAGGGAAUUUUCGCAAUGGUCUAUUCCAUGGUCACGGACAGCUGCAUCAUCCCGAGUAUGUAUAUAUUGGUGAAUUUGAGGAAAACCACAAGUGUGGGUAUGGCGUAAUUCAUCAACUCAUCUCUGGAGAAAAAUAUCUCGGAAUGUUUGCUGACAACAAACGAGUUGGUUCAGGAAUUUGUAUUACAGCCGAUGGCUAUUUCGAGGGUUUUUUUGCCAACGGUGAUCUAUCCGGCAAUUGCGUUGCAAUAUUCCCUAAUCAGUAUUAUUACGAGGGCGAGUCUUCACUGGCUGGACCAAGUGGCGCAGGAAAGUAUUAUAUGAUAAAUAGAGAUUCGCUAAAUCAAGAUCGGCAAAGUGCAGAAUAUAUUGCUACGCCCAACUGUGAAAACGUGGUUAUUGGAAAUGUUCUAUGUGGCCAAUUGAGUGGAAAGUGGGAUAGUGUAAAGAUUAACAAUGGCUCCAUAGAAAUAAAUGUAAAAAUUCCCCAAUACCCUUGUACUCUUGGGAACAAUGUCGUUAACAAUUACGAGAAAUGGUCUAGCUUAUUCGCUGAUUUUGAAUACGAAAUUUUUGAUGAUUUGGCGAGUGCGACAAAUACCUCUAAAGCUAUAACUUUUGCCUUCUGGAAUCGCGUGUUGGCAUUUGUAAACAAACAACAAGAGAUCGAAAAUGAGAAAAUGGGCGAUCUAGACAUGAUUAGUGGAAAGAACGGAAGCAGGGACUGGAGCGUAUUAGAAUUGGAUUCAAUUGAUAAACUUAGCUUGAACUCAUCGAACUUCUGCUACGAUCAGCAGGUGGAGUUAAACAAACUGAAUCACUCGCAGUCGCAGGACAACCUUUUUAAUGGAUGGGAUUUUUACAAUUCGGACCUGUUAAACACUUUUGGUAGUGGAAAGAUAAAAAGUCAAGGUAGUGAAGAAGCAGGAAACAUGUCAAGAUUCCCAGCCCUAGUAGCAAUUAUGGAAAGCCAUGGAACAACAACAUGGGAUUCCUUUAAUGACAGUGCUCUGGGUAAUAGCGAAAUGAUAGAUGACAGUAUUUCACUGCACACCGAAAUGGACAUGAUACCAUCGUUUGGAAUAUCAGAAUUAGGUGAUCAGGACUUGGGUGCCAUAAAGUCAUACUUAUACGAUGCCUUCCGAUAUCGCUAUCAUCCCCUGAAACAUCUCAACGACCGGAUAACGCAAGCAUUCUAUCGAUCUUACGGAUGCUGGAAAGUGAAACCAACAUCGCUUUUAGCGAAACAAGCAAUGCUCGAGUGGGAAUCGAUAUCACACAGAGUGUACAAGUUUGUACGCCGUCUGUUUCCAGCAUUACCAGAGGAUUACUGUGUAAUUGGUGAACAAAAGGAGUUUGUCUCCCAUGUCACGUUGCUGUAUCCCAUACUAUUAUCGGAGAACAUCUACUCAAUGCUAUUUGUUUUGUAUGCCAACCAAUAUAGUCAAAAAGACGAAAUGUAUCGCCAAAACAUCAUUCAGGCCGAAAAGCUAAGCGAUGAGGAGCUAAUCCACCGUUUGGACUUCGACAGAGGUCUGCUUGCGGUGAUUAAAACCGAACAAUUUGUGGAGGCAAUCGAAAUGCUGAAUAAGCUUAAAGAAAAAUAUAGCCCCAUAGCCAUGUUAACUGUGAUAGAAAAUUGUAUGGAGAAGUUGACUCAAGCUUACAGGACGAUUUCGCGAGAUAGUCACCACAGUUUCAAUGCAGACGUUAUUAUGCCCCUAACAUUGGUGCUAUUGCUGCGAGCUGGCAUUCAUCAUCUGGGGGCGGAACUGGCGCUAUUGGAUGACUUAACAGACGGAAAACAUUUUCAAUUUGAAAUGAAUGGCAUACGCGGAUACUGCCUAACAACACUGAAGGCCUCAUAUGAACAUCUGGCAAACAAAACAUCGUUGUACGAAAAUAAAUAACCUGUUAAUUGUCAUUUGCACGCUUUAUUAGAGUAAAUACAAUACGAAAGUGAAUGAGA